AUGUCGGACCAUCAGAACCAUCAUCAGCAGGAGGUGCCGAUUAUAGCACAACCGGUACCACACCACCAUCACCUUCCCCAGCUCCCGAUGCUGAUGGUGCCGUCAAAUCCAACGUGGCCGAGCAUGCUUACAAAUCCCGGCGGAAACUACCCUUCCACGGCGCCGUCGACCAUUAGUAGUGCAAGCCACGGACGGCAAUCGAUCGGCAUCCCCGUCCGCAGGGCGAUGAAGCCGAACGAGAAGGAGGGAAAGCCGACCCCGCGGAGGAUGCUGACGGACGAUGACCGCCGGAGAAUGUGCAAAUAUGCCGACAUGAACCCGGGUGUCAAGCAGUCCGACAUUGGAAACCUGUUUGGGGUAGAAAGAAGUACCGUGUCAAAGGUUCUUCGCAACAAGGAAAAGUACUUCAACAAGGAAGACCGGAGCAAGUCGCCACACAAGAAGGCCAAAGGCAAGCUUCCUGAUAUCGAACGAGCGCUCUCGAACUGGGUACGCAAUGCACAGAAGACUGGGACACCAAUGACGGACGACGCAAUCCAAGAAAAAUUUCGAUUCUUUGCAACAAGCACGGGAAACCCAGACACCGUCCUCAAAGCCAGCAGCAGCAGCUGGCUGGAGAAGUUCAAGCAGAAGAACGGAAUAGGGGCAGGAAGGCUUUUGCGCCGUGCUUCCGAGACAAACAUCCCGGACCGUCGUCUAGACGCAGCUGUUGCAAGAGCGAUAGAAUCCCCAUCUCUGACACCACCGUCACCCUCGCCCUUGUCAGCAAGCCGCAGCGAUGACGAGAGGGAGGCGGUCAGCACCGGAGCAGCAGCCGGAAACUACCUCGGCUUUUCACAAGACUCGAGUCCGAACACUGGCCACGCCGGGCAUAGCGGGAUGGGACUGGGUAGCGGCCUGACGAUGGGACUGGGGAUGGCGGUGGGUUCAUACAAACACGGCAACAACCAGAGCACGACGUCACUGUCGAGCGUCUUUACGGAGACACCUGUGUCGUCCUUCUCUGGAGGAGCCAUGAGCCCGACCAUGUCAUUUACCUUCUCACCGGAUUCGAACGUUGGGUCCUUUCUCCCACACGAUUCCAUGGGCCCCCCAGGGUCUUCCAACUUCCAGCGACCACGCAGUCAGACGCUGCCGGCUCUCAACUUGGACUACUUGAAUCAGCCGCAGAACGAUACUCACUCUCAGAACAUCCACGACGCAUCGGCGGUCUCGAUGCCGGAAUCCAUGACGCCCAAAUACCACCUUCACCACGUGCCAUCAUCUGCACCAUCGUCGGCGGUGGAAUCGCCAAUGACCGAAAUGUCAGCAACCUCUUACGGCAUCGAAAGCAACGUUGUAUCGCCACAGCUGCGACGAAGCAGCAGCAGCAACAGCCUGAUGAUGGCUAUACCGCGCUCGGCGGGUGGUAUUGGCGGCUCAACCAUGGGGUCUCACAUGUCGGGUGGCUCGUCGCCAAGUUCGCCUACCCAAGAGGACGCCCAGAGAGCGGCAGAAACGCUCCUGUCGUUUAUCCAGAGUGUUCCCAGCAACUUCGACAACAAUGAUUACAUGGCGCUCCUGCGUCUGUCUGAGAAGCUACGCUCCCAUCAUCAUCAGCAGCAUAUAGCGAAGGCUACUGCUGCAGCCCAAGGCAUGGGCGGCCUUACGCGGAUUCCCGAAGGAGACGUGGAGAUGGCCAGCGAUUUGAGCCAUUCAAAGCUGGGAACUACCAUGACUGCAUAG